AAAAAGAAAAAGAAAAAAGGCAUUCACGACCACGACGGCGAGGAGGAAGAGAAGGAUAUGACGACGGAGAACAGCUACACUGCGCAUGUGGAAUAUUGGCGUCAAGCGGAGGAAUCCGAAGGAUUCGAUAUAGAGAAUAUUUCACUACCAUCAUCUAUGGAUGGAAUUAUGAUCACUGCUGGACUGCUUGCCUGCGACUGUAAAGGAUGGUAUCCUCGUCUUUUGACGAAGCUUUAUGCUAAGUUGGGGCUUCAUCGUUACAAUCUGUUGGAGGGAACUAACUUCCAGUUCGAUUCCCUAGUAAAAUUCAACAUGUUACAGAACUGUCUGUCCUCUUACUACAUGACUCUGCUUGCACACGAUUCAGUUGCUUGCCCAUUGGGUAAAACCUUUCAGGUUCGCGUUGAUGAAGGAAAAUUUGGCAGUUUGGAUUUAGCGUGCUCCGUUGCUAGACCUAAAGGCGAAGAGACCACCAAGAUGCCCUUCAUACCUCACUUUCAUGGUGGCGCAUCCGCUGCUGGUAUCUUCAAAGGAGAAUUGCCUGAUUGGCCCUCCGAUGAUGCUUUGAAAGACCAAAAACGAUUUUACUUUGAAUCAGAGUGGCAAGCCAAUGAUUGGAUUUCUGUGUAUUUGGAACUUGUCAUUUAUGUAAAUGAUAGGCUCAUCUCUGAAAUGCAUCGGAUGACAGAAGUUCUGUCCCAGUUGGAGAUUGUGAAAGUCGCGAUAGAAACUGCUACUGGAGAUGUGGAGCCGCCGAAUGAGAGACUCAAAGCCAAAAGUGCAAAUGUCUACAUAGUGUUUAAAGGCUUGGCAGAGCCCCGAGCCUUUCGCCGGGUUUUUGAGAUUGGUGUGGAUAUUGAACGCAAAGCUAUAGUUAGAAGAGUCAUAGAUGAGCAUACAGGAUACCUGAGUCUCGUUGGUAAGCUUUGUGGUGGUCAAUCUACCAAAAAGCGGAGUAGAAGCCCAUAGUUGUGAAAAGCGAGGGAGCUUUAGUUAGGCUAGGCUGUGCGCAGUUUAGCUGGGUUUUUUUUUUAAGUGUGUACUGUCUUUUGUUUUUGUUUUUAAAUACAAUAAGGUGAUCUAAUAGCACACGUAUUAAUUAGGAGGAUCAGUUGGCUUUC